AUGUCUUCCACUACAGAAUUGAGUAGUUCCCAAUCCUCGAUUUCCGAGCCUCUUUUGAAUGUGCAAUACUCUCUGCGCCUGGUUUUUGCUUACCGCAUCCCGGUAUUGUCAACCAAUUUUGCCAAGACCAAAGCAACCUGA